AUGAAGGCAGCCACAUCAAAUGGGGCCGAGCUUCGAUUUGCCCAAGAUUCUGGUGAGCUAACCCUUGAAGAUGAUGGUACUAUUGUUGAAAUUGAAGAACAUGGACAAUUGUACUAUUUGACUUCCAUAGGCAGUCAUGAGAACGAUAGCGUAAGUGAAGUAGAUAAAGUAAAUCUCUCAUAUGAUAUUAACACAUGGCAUGAAAUCCUAGGUCACUGAAAUUUUGAAGAUAUUAUAAAACUACAGGGGGUAGUUAAGGGCAUGAAAUUCUCAGGUAAAAUUGAGUCAUCUAAGUUAGGUUGUAAUACAUGUGUAGAAGGAAAAUUUGUAAACAGCAGGAGUAUGAUUCCUGAUACAAGAUCUCAAAAAUCAUUGGAGAAAGUGCAUGUGGAUUUGGCAGGUCCUGUUUCUCCUGUAUCAAGAGAGGGGUUUAAGUACUGCAGCUUUUACUGACGAUUUCUCAGGGGCAGUAUUCGUUUACUUUCUGAAAUGUAAAAGUGACACCUUUGUAGCAACUGAGAAAUUUCUAGCAGACAUCACUCCUUAUGGCAAGGUAAGUUGCAUCCGUUCUGACAAUGGCUCAGAAUUUACAGGUAAGGCGUUUCAAACACUACUAAGGGAGCGUGGCAUAAAACAUGAAACCAGGGCUCUGCGCUCCUUCGCCCAGCGGCUACGCUCGUGUUCCAAGAUCCGCCAUGUAAAGUGUAGUGAAAUGUAUCUCAUCGUAAUAUUAAAUCCUAAGAAACUAAAGCCUCUGCGGAGGAGAGAGAAACCAGGCAUGAAACUUCUGCUCCCUACUCGCCACACUAGAAUGGCACCGCCGAAAGGCACUGGCGCACAUUGUUCGAAAUGGGCACCUUCAAUCAAGGUUACCCAAAACUCUCUGGCCCUAUGCAAUUCAAACCGCAGCUUACAUUAGGAAUAUAUGUUUUAAUAAGAGAACAAAGACAACACCCUACUUUAGCCUUACUGGGAAAGUACCUGAUCUUUCUAAAAUGUGGAUCUUUGGAUCUGAAUGUUUUGCUUACGUACGAACAGGAGCAUAAAAAAUUAGACUCAAGAUGCAGCAAGGGGGUAUUUGUAGGAUACGACAAAAAUAGCCCUUCGUACCUAGUGUACAACCCACAAAAUGGGAAAAUCAUGAAACAUCGACUCAUUAGAUUCAUCAAGAAAGGUAGUGUAGAACAGCACACACAAACUGAUGAGUCCAGCAGGGACUGUGAUGUACAUGAGAAAUCUGACCAUGAUACUAGAUCAGACUUAGAUAGUAUGAGGCUCCCUGUUUUAAGUGCAAUUCCGCCAAAUGCAGUGCCUGAUGAGGAGCCUAGGGAUAGUGAGGGAAGGCAUUGCGAUCAUACAGAAAAUGACAGUGAGACAAAACGGUAUCCUCAAAGAGAAAGGAACCCUCCCAGAUACUUAGAAGAGGACACUCUUCUCCCUAAGAAUGCCGAUUAUGCCCACAUUAGUGUAGAUUACUGCUACAAAGUUUGUGGAUUACCACAAAAUUACACAGAAGCCAUGGGAUCACCUCAAGCUAGGGAGUGGGAGCAAGCAAUGAAGGAAGAGAUCAGCUCUCUGAAGGAGAAUGAUAUUUACGAAUUAUCAACUUUACCAGAAGGUAAAGCUUCAGUGGGGAGAAAAUGGGUGUACACAACCAAACAAGAUCAGAAUGGCAUAGAGAUCUUUAAGGCCAGAUAUGUAGCGAAGGGUUACAGCCAGGUAAAGGGUAUAGAUUAUCAAGAAAUUUUUGCCCCGACAGCCAGUAUUACUUCAAUUAGGGUCUUAAUGCAAUUAGCAGUAAAACAUGAUCUUAUUGUCCACCAGAUGGACGUUAAAACUGCAUAUCUUCAUGCCCCCAUUACUCAAGAGUUAUACAUAGACCAGCCACAAGGGUUUGAAGAAGUUUCAGAGAGUAGUGAGAGGUUAGUAUAUAGGCCAAAGAAAUCGCUAUAUGGUCUAAAACAAUCAGGUAGAAAUUGGAACAUAUUUUUACACGAGCAUUUAGCAAAUGACAGCUUGUCAGAAACCAUGCUGAUCACUGUGUAUAUAAGAAACAAGUUAAUGAUAAAAUUGUUAUUGUCAUUGUUUGGGUUGAUGACCUAAUUAUAGCUUCAGAUAGUAUGCAGUUAAUGGAAGAAUUUAAAGAGAGUAUGAAGACACAAUUUAAGAUGAAAGAUCUAGGUAGAAUCACUUUCUUCCUUGGAAUGGAUUUUAAGCAAAGCAAGGGUGAAAUAAAAAUGAAUCUUAAAAUACUAGAGAGAUUUGGAAUGAUAGACUGCAAGCCCAGGUUAACCCCAUGUGAGCAACGAUUAGAAUUUAACUGUGGUGAAUGGACCAACGCCAGACAGUAUAGAGAAAUGAUAGGAAGCUUAAUUUAUGCCAUGACCUGUACAAGGCCCGAUUUAAGUUGGAUUGUAAGCAAACUGUCUCAAUCUCUGUCAAACCCCAGAACGGGAGAUUUAAUUGCUGCCAAACAUGUCCUAAGGUAUCUAAAGGGUACCGUGGAUUAUGAACUUUGCUUUAAGAAAUCUGAUGCUGACUUGCAGCUCACUGCUUAUAGUGAUUCAGAUUGGGCCUCUUGCCUGGAAGACAGGCGAAGUACUACAGGUCACUGUUGUACUCUAACUGAAGGAGGACCACUGAUUUCAUGGAAGUCGAGAAAGCAACCAACGGUUGCCAUUUCCACUUGCGAAGCUGAAUAUGUAGCUUUAGCAAAUACAGCUCAAGAGUGUUUGUACCUAACUCAAUUGUUAAACGGUAUGUAUAAGGAAGUCCAUCAGAGUAUGAAG